UCCCAUUUUAGCAUUUCUUUUCUCUCGCUCUCGUCGAGUCGGCUCCUUUUCGCUUCAAUAUUUCUCUCCAAUUUUUUCCUAGGAAAAUUGCGGGGAAAAAAAGUUACGUUUUACUUUUAAAUUCUUAUUUUGGUAAGCCUAGAUUACUUCAAUUAUAGAGAUUUUAGAUGGAUUUGGCUCCAUAUGCAUCAUUUAAAUCGAUUCCUUAGUUAUAGAAGCUCAAUGGGAUCGAAAGGCGGCCGAAGAAAGCCGAGACUCGAGCGCCGCAAUGCAGCGAAGCACAUCGACUAUGAUGCAGCGUCGUUUUCUUCAUCUCUCGAUGAUUCCUCUUCUUCUUCUCUAAUCACGCGAUCGCUAGAUUUGUCCCAAAAAACCAGCUUCCGUAUCCAAGGAACCGACGGCGAGUUCGACCUUAUUUGUCGGACCUUGGGCCUUUCCGGGCCUGAAGAUUUUUCAAUUCCAGCUGCCGCUUGGGAGGCCCGUAGAAAUCGAUCGUCGUCGUCGGAUGUUCCGCUUCGGUCCAAAUUGAACCGGCUGGAUAGUCCUAAGGAAGAGACAGACAAGAUAAAAGAUGACACUCAAGUAAUAGUCUCUGAAUUAGCCGAGAGGGUUAUGGCUACUGAGUUGAAGUCAAACGCAUCUUGGGCUUCGAAUGUUUCCGAUGGCGGAGGGAGUAAUGGAAUUAAAGGGACUAGGCUACCGGUUAUAAUAAAGCCGCCGCCGGUGAUGAAACUACUGGUAAUCGAUAACGCGUGUUCAAAUUGGGAUCUGUUUAGGGAUUUCGCCCCCGAAGGUGGCAAAGGGUGUAUGGCUCCGGUUCAAUUACAUUCAUCUUCCGAUGAAGAAGAAGUUGAAGGAGAGGAGGGUGGGGGUAAUGAAGAAAAUUCUGAGGAGGAGAAUUUAAUGAGAAUUGGUGAGACUGCAGCUCUUUCCGAGUCGUGUUUGUCUACUACUUCAAAUGAUGAAGAUUCAUCAAGUUCUACUACAGAGCCUACGUCAACUAUUUCCCCUAAUGGUAGGUUCAAAAGAACAAUUACUUAUUGGGAGAAAGGUGAGCUUCUGGGGCGUGGAUCAUUUGGGUCAGUUUUCGAAGGGAUUUCUGACGAUGGAUUCUUUUUUGCCGUGAAGGAAGUUUCAUUGCUUGAUCAAGGAAGUCAGGGGAAACAAAGUCUUAUCCAACUUGAACACGAGAUUGCUCUUUUAAGUCAGUUUGAACAUGAAAACAUAGUUCAGUAUUAUGGCACAGAUAAGGAUGACUCCAAAUUAUACAUCUUUCUUGAGCUUGUAACCAAAGGCUCUCUUUUAAACCUAUACCAGAGGUAUCAUCUCAGAGAUUCUCAAGUCUCUGCAUAUACAAGGCAGAUUCUGCAUGGAUUGAAGUAUCUUCAUGACCGAAAUGUGGUUCACAGGGAUGUUAAGUGUGCAAACAUGUUGGUGGAUGCAAGUGGAUCAGUAAAGCUUGCAGAUUUUGGGUUGGCAAAGGCAACCAAGUUGAAUGAUGUUAAAUCAUGUAAAGGGACAGCAUUCUGGAUGGCCCCCGAGGUUGUCAAUCAGAAGGGUCAUGGGUAUGGACUUCCUGCUGAUAUAUGGAGCCUUGGUUGUACUGUGUUGGAGAUGUUAACUCGUCAGAUUCCAUACCAUUAUUUGGAAUGCAUGCAAGCAUUGUUUAGAAUUGGCAGAGGUGAGCCACCAGCUGUUCCUGAUUCUUUGUCAAAAGAUGCACGAGAUUUUAUUUUGCAAUGCUUACAAGUCAAUCCCAAUGCUCGCCCAACUGCUGCUGUACUAUUACAGCAUCCAUUUGUAAAGAGGAUUCUUCCAACACACUCAGGCUCAGCAUCUCCUCAUAUCGGUCGCCGGUUUUGAGUUUUCAGCCUUGAAACUAAAUUGCAACAAGUGAUCAGCCAUUUCGGUCCAUCACGAGGAAGAAGACAAAUUUACCUCCUCAAGCUCGGAUGUUGCUGCCUUUAGUUUUGCCCCUGGAGACUUCAAAGAGUCAAAUCUGGUUGGCUGAAACAAUUCUUAAGCAUUGACUAAGGCCUAAUGGCAUUGAAAGAGAUCUAAAUCCCCAUGAUGAGAACAGAACUGCUCUCGAUGUUUUAAAUUGUUUGUCAUGAUUUUGUAAGGUCUGGGAUUGAUUUUGCCUUUUUUUUUAUUUCUUUUUGGUUAUUGGAUGAAGCAUUAGCUAUAGGAGAAUUUGCUGUAACAAUUAGACAAGUAUAUCUUUGUAUAUAUCAUUAUUGAUGAAAAAUGAAUUCUAGUUUGUUCAUG